AUGAUUCAAUGUGCUAUAAAUGAAGUAACCACUAAAAUAAAUAGAAUAAUGCUUAACCCUGUUAUCAAUAGUGCUUAAAAUGUUAAUAAGACUCUAAAGAGUCAAAAAAAUAUUCUUCUCAAUAGGAGCAUACUAGAAGCCUUAAAAUUAAUAACGCAAAACAUUCAAAGAUUUAUUUAACUCAUCACCAUUUAAAUCCAAAUACCUUAAUAUGUAUUGAUCCAUUAAAUUAAUAAAAGCUCUUUUAUCUUAAUUUAUAUGAAAAUUCAUUUCACUAAAAAACAUCCAGAAAGUUUCAUAAAAGUGUCUCAAAAUGUUUUUGAUGUGGCUCUCUGUGAUUCUAUGAUCUAUAAACUAACCAGUUUAUUCAAUAUUAUAACUUUGUUCUUCACCAUGCUGUUCUAACAGUAUAUCACAUCCUUCAAAUUUUGCAAACACAAUAUACAGCCAUAUAUUUUCUUCAACUUCUUCUUAGGCAUGAAUAUAUUUAUCGAAAAUCGUUAUUUAAACAUUUUUUCCUUUUACAAAAGGUUUCUUUUAGCUUUCUUAUGGCAUUUGAUCCUAUCCUUGUUUAUUCUAAUUUUAUUCGCUUUAAUUUUUUUAUUCUUCACCUAAAGGCUUAUCUUCAGAGAGUAAGUCAAUUGGUUAAUUAGAUUAAGAUUAGUUUGA